GUGAUCAUUGCAUGGAUUAGUUGUGUUGCUUAUGGCCGUUAUGUUCCUAAAUAUCAAGAAGAUGGAGGAGAUGUUGAGUUUGUAACCGGAUCUCCAGGUUCUGAUGGACCGGGAUAUUCAGGGCCCAGAAAUGUAUUUAAAGAUUGGAUGAAAUUUGUCCAGGGAUUCUUUAAAGAUGGUAAUUGGGAGAAUGGUGGUCCGGCUAACUUUGCCAGAUUCAUUGGUAAUCAAGUGUCAAAAUUAGUGGAAAUGUUAACCAAGAAUGACAACUUUUUUAGCAAGAGAAAGUAGAUUACAUCUUAAUGCUAUUUAAAAUGUGUUUAUAUUUAAUGUGAGUGUAAAUAUCAAAUAUAAAUUAAUAACAGUUUAAAAGUUUUUUCUAAUAAAUGAUUUGUUAAAUCA